GAUUUAGGAGGAACUCUAGGACCUCAGAUUUAGGAGGUCCCUAAAGCUAGCCUCCAGCCCCUCCUCCCCCUCCUCCUCCUCGUGGAGCUUGUUCCCCUCGCAGUCUCAGCUAAGACCCGGAGAGGUGGAAUUUCGAUUUGAAACUCCCUAGCCAGGGCCGGAGCUGGGCAUGCUCAGUGCCUCGGUGUGUCUCGGCUGCUGCUAGCUGCACAGGCAGCAGAGGCGCUGCCUGGCUCGGAGGCUGGCACUAGAGUCCACCCCACUGUCACCACCGGCUGCGGGCUUCCAGAAGGCCAAACUCUCACCUCUUCUGAGCGUCUUGCCCCCAUCAGCCUCGAGUCCCCAUCUCCCGCAGCAUCCUACUCUCGUAUCUCCCCAUCCCUUGCGGAGAGGAAGCAGGUGCUCGGUUCUGUAGGCACGCCACAGACUGCUCUGUGUACCCCAGCGGAGGACCCUGUCAUCGGAUGCCCGGGAUCAAAGGACUCUUGGCAGUGGUUCUCUCAAAUAGCACUUAGCCUAGAGUGGGGUUGCGGCGGAGUUUCUCCUCUGACCCUCAAUGCACACACUAUGAGGAGAGCGGUCGGCUUCCCUGCGCUGUGCCUGCUUCUUAAUCUUCAUGCUGCAGGUUGUUUUUCCAGAAACAAUGAUCACUUUUUGGCUAUUCGUCAAAAGAAGAGUUGGAAGCCGGUGUUCAUUUAUGACCAUUCACAGGAUAUCAAGAAGAGCCUGGACAUCGCACAAGAGGCAUACAAACAUAACUACCACUCCCCUUCCGAAGUUCAAAUAAGCAAACAUCACCAGAUUAUUAAUUCAGCAUUUCCUAGACCUGCAUAUGACCCGUCUCUUAAUCUGUUGGCUGAGUCUGAUCAAGAUCUUGAAAUAGAAAAUCUCCCAAUUCCAGCAGCAAAUGUGAUUGUGGUGACACUGCAAAUGGAUAUAACCAAGCUGAACAUAACCCUGCUUCGGAUCUUCCGCCAAGGAGUAGCUGCAGCCCUGGGACUCUUACCUCAGCAAGUGCACAUUAACCGGCUCAUUGAAAAGAAGAACCAGGUUGAGUUGUUUGUGUCUCCCGGAAACCGGAAACCAGGAGAAACGCAGGCCCUGCAGGCUGAGGAAGUGCUGCGUUCCCUCAAUGUGGAUGGUUUGCAUCAGAGUUUACCACAGUUUGGAAUUACAGACGUCGCCCCUGAGAUUAUUUACAGGUUAAAAGAAAGGCUUCAGCUUUCCUUAAGACAAGAUAAAGAGAAAAACCAGGAGAUCCACCUAUCACCCAUUGCACGGCAGCAAGCACAAUCGGAGGCCAAGACGACCCACAGCAUGGUCCAGCCCGAUCAGGCGCCAAAGGUGCUGAACGUGGUUGUGGACCCUCAAGGCCAAUGCACUCCUGAGAUUCGAAACAGCACCUCCACCUCUGUCUGCCCUUCUCCCUUCAGAAUGAAGCCCAUAGGACUCCAGGAGCGACGAGGUUCCAAUGUAUCUCUUACGCUGGACAUGAGUAGCCUGGGCAGUGUGGAACCCUUUGUGGCCGUCUCAACCCCCCGGGAGAAGGUAGCCAUGGAAUACCUGCAGUCAGCCAGCCGAGUUCUCACACGGUCACAGCUGAGGGACGUCGUGGCAAGUUCCCACCUACUUCAAAGUGAAUUCAUGGAAAUACCAAUGAAUUUUGUGGAUCCCAAAGAAAUUGAUAUUCCACGUCACGGAACUAAAAAUCGUUAUAAGACCAUUUUGCCAAAUCCCCUCAGCAGAGUGUGCUUAAGACCAAAAAAUAUAACCGAUUCCUUGAGUACUUACAUAAAUGCUAACUAUAUUCGGGGCUACAGUGGUAAGGAGAAAGCCUUCAUUGCCACCCAGGGCCCCAUGAUCAACACUGUGAAUGACUUCUGGCAGAUGGUGUGGCAAGAAGACAGUCCCGUGAUUGUGAUGAUCACGAAACUCAAAGAGAAAAAUGAGAAAUGUGUGCUCUACUGGCCAGAAAAGAGAGGGAUUUACGGCAAGGUUGAGGUUCUGGUCACCGGUGUGACCGAAUGUGAUAACUACACCAUCCGCAACCUCGUCUUAAAGCAAGGAAGUCACACCCAACAUGUGAAGCACUACUGGUACACUUCAUGGCCGGAUCAUAAGACUCCAGACAGUGCCCAGCCCCUUCUGCAGCUCAUGUUGGAUGUGGAAGAAGACAGACUGGCCUCUGAAGGCCGAGGGCCUGUGGUUGUCCACUGCAGUGCGGGGAUUGGGAGAACUGGGUGUUUCAUCGCUACAUCCAUUGGCUGUCAACAAUUGAAAGAAGAAGGAGUUGUAGACGCACUAAGUAUUGUCUGCCAGCUUCGUGUAGACAGGGGUGGUAUGGUCCAAACCAGCGAGCAGUAUGAAUUUGUGCACCAUGCUCUGUGCCUGUUCGAGAGCAGACUUUCACCAGAAACUGUCGAGUGACUCCGAAGAUUUACCAGAGUGUCAAUCUCUCACCGGGUGAUUCAUCAAAUUACCUACCAAGAGCUCCAAGAGGGGCUCCCUGCAAUGGACGAGGAGGCUCUAAAGCCAGCCUAAGGCACUGAUUGUGGAAGAUCUGGCAACAUGAAAGAUUGCCAGCCUUUGUGUAUAGGACUGCGUUCGUAGGCAUCCCCCCAGUUAUUCUGAAGGUCCUGUGCUGAUGGAGGCAUGACAGUCCUCUCGCAGCCUGAGGAGGGUUUUGUUCUGUCUGUGUCGCCUCUCCGCCGCACAGAAUCGAUGUGUGUGAUAUUCAGAGACUGGAGGAGCUGCUGACAUUAUCCUGUGUUUAGAUGCUUUAAUGUUCAUAAAGCCUGUCUUGUGACUGGACUGUCAGCUGUCCAACUGUCCCUGUUGUAAGUGCUAUUAACUAUCUCAGUUACCAGAAUCUUGCUGCUCAAGUUUCGAGUGAUCGACAAUGGAUUUUUAACCAAGACAUUUUUGUUUUUGGAAAAAAAAAAAAAAUCAAAUGCAGUGACUAUUUUAUAUGGACAUGUGUCUUGAUUAUAUCUAUUAAGUGUGCAUUUAUAGUAUCUCCUAUGGAUCAAUUACAGAGCACAAUGACUGUCGUUGGAUAUAUAUGUAUAUGUAUAUGUAUAUUAUAUGUAUAUGUACACAUAUAUAUUCUAUUAUUAGGCAUACAAGUGGCUCCUGUUCCACAAUACUAACUACUAUAUUUCUACAUUGUGACUUGUUUUACUUUAAAAGGGGAUAAACAAAUUUAUAGCAACUAUAAAGUAUCAAUAAUUUUAAAUACUCAUCUCUCUUUUACUAAGAAGGGAUUUUUAAAUAUGGUGUCUACCUGGUAUCUCUCUCCCAAUAAGAAGCAGGUGCCUUUGGGGAAUGCUCCAACCUGUUUCAUCCCCAAAAGUUUUUCCGAGGACACUGUCAUGCACGACCUCACAUUUCUAAAAGACCUCCUUCCUCAAGAGACAAAUGAAGGCAAAAUAAUCACACUCAGCAAACAGGAGAUGUUCUGCUCAGAUAUGAAUUUUCAAUGCAGCAAAGCUGACUUUCUUUCGUACUCCCAAUAAAUGACUCUUAACAGUAAA